AUGCUUAAAAAAUAUUUUUGUUUCUAUUAUUCCUUUCUUGUUUGUAAUCAAUUAAUUAUUUUAUCGAUAAGCGGAAUUUUGGGAGAGAGAAUACCUGAUGCAACGGAAAUUGAUCAAUAUGAUGAUCCUUUGUUGGAUGAAGUAAAUUUUAUUUAUAUAAUUUUAAAAAAAAGUCAAAUUCGCAAUCAGGGGCUUGUUUCAUUUAAUUACAGAUUUUUCAGGAGAAUUCUAUCUUUAUUUCAGAUAUUUAAAGAAACAAAUUCUGACAUUCAAAAAAUAGAAAAUGUUGCUUCUUCCUCGAUAAAUCAGCCACCAACUACACAACAACAAAAUUCUGAAUAUUUAAAUACUAAAAAUUCAGCAUCUUCCUCUCCUUCCCAAUCAUCUCUUCCUGGAAUUAAUCCAAAUAUUAAACCUCCAGCCGGUUCUUUAUUCCCAACGGAAGUAGUUAAACAUCAACAAAAUAAUUUUGGAGGAUUUCCUCAAAAUCCUUAUGAAGGAGGGUUUGACCAAUAUAAUGCUAACAACAAUAUUUUUGCCCGAACUCCUCUUACUGAUUUUGCUUAUCAAGCCGGACAGACAUUUUAUUCGGGUGUAAGACAGGCCAGCCGUUUAUUGGGAAUUGACUCGGGGCAAUAUCAACAAUACGAAGUACCAUUGCUCAGCCAGAGUGCUCGUUUCUUUGGGAAAAGAAAAUAA